AGCGGCCGCUGCCCUCUCGGAGUCUUCGCCAACUAUUUUUGCAGAAUGGAAACAGACUGUAAUCCCAUGGAGCUGAGCAGUGUGUCAGCAUUUGAAGAAGAUGCAGAGCUUAAUGGCUUUGAAGGAACUGAUAUGAAAGACAUGAGGCUGGAAGCUGAAGCAGUUGUAAACGAUGUUCUCUUUGCUGUUAACACCAUGUUUGUCUCAAAAACCCUGCACUGUGCAGACGAUGUGGCCUAUAUCAAUGUGGAAACAAGAGAAAGGAAUAGAUACUGCCUGGAGCUCACUGAAGCCGGGCUCAGGGUGGUAGGUUAUGCUUUCGCCCAGGUGGAUGAUCAUUUACAGACUCCCUGCCAUGAAACAGUCUACUCCUUGUUGGAUACACUCAGCCCUGCCUACCGGGAAGUAUUUGGAAAUGCGCUCCUUCAAAGACUGGAAGCUUUGAAAAGGGAUGAACAGUCAUGACUCAGUUUUUUCCUGUUAGAGAGGCCGCUGCUGGUACACAAUGUUGACCUAAAGCUUGAAAUUCUU